AUGGCCAGCCAAAGCUCCGUGACACCAGCUAAGAGACUUCCGUCCUUCCGCAAGAUAGCAAAUACAAUUGAUGCACUUGCUGCUCUAGAAGAACGCCGACUGGCCAAGCGCCAAAGAUACUCAAUUGAGCCCAAUGAUGCAACUGCUGAGGACCUUGAUUCUGCAUCGCCCGUCACAGACCAGUACAUUGCCGUCAAAGGAGUUGAGGUUGUCCACACCCUAACCAACAUUACAGUGUCCGAGCUCAAUACACUGUGGAUUAAUAUCAAGCCAUACGUCUCAAAGAAUUGGAAUGUCGGCGGUGGACGCAAAUGCCCAGUGACUGGAAAGGACAUGCACUUCAUGACACUCGUGACGCUGAAGCAUGGAGGCACGUGGGAUAUGCUUGCUUCCAGCUUCGACGAGAAGGCAGCUACGUUCAGCAAUCGGGUCACCCAGUUUAUCCGAGUUCUCCAUCCAUACCUGGUCCGUAAGUACAUCGACGAACAAGGCAUCAAGUGGACAAUGCAUCAGCUUGCCGUGGCUGGUCUUCAAUUCGAAACGCACAAGUCGGACCUAUACGCAGUUGAUGUCACCUUCCAGCAAACUACUGCACCCGCCGUGUCAUUCAACGAGAAGAAGACGUACUUUUCCAAGAAACAUGGCUUGUAUGGCCACAAAGUUGAGGUGUCUGUGGGACCGAACGGCUUAGCGAUCAAUGUCACCGAUUGCGCAGUGCACAGCACAUCCGACUUCGAAAUGUUGAAGGCCAACCUGGGUUUUCACUCCAAGCACCUGGAGAAGCAGCCGAACAACAAUAACGCCAGCGACAACGGUGCACUGCGUGACAAGUUUCCCAAUCAAUGGGCCUCAAGCACCCACCGCACGGACAACUGA